AUAGGGCAAACAUUCAUCAUCCCUCGAAGCUUGAAGCGGGGCAUCGACACUUAGACGCAGCUAUUUUUCCUUUCGCUUUCUAUUUCCCCGCGACUCAUCUGAGAAUACCUAACAUACCCAACAUAAUCAUAAUCGCAACUCGACAAUAUGUCGGGUCCUGUACCUACGGUCACUGCAUUGCAGGACAUAUACACCCAACAGGCUCUAAAUGAUCAGACUGCGCGGUGGAACAAGCUGCUUGACAAGUUUCAGGCCCUCUAUGGCACCCCCGCCCAAUUCGUCUCACGGUCGCCUGGUCGCGUGAAUAUCAUCGGCGAGCAUAUCGACUACUCUCUUUACUCGGUAUUGCCCAUGGGAAUGACUCCUGAUGUUAUCCUUGCCGUAUCCACCGAUCUAGAACCCUCACAAGAAGGCAGUUACAAGAUUAAGAUAGCUAAUGUCGACAACGAGCAAUUCCCGACUCGUGAGUUCGAUGUGUCCUAUUCCGAGGUUGAUAUCGACGCAACGAUACAUGAAUGGACCAAUUACUUCAAGUCUGGGUUGAGGGGGGCGCUACAAUUGCUAAGGAAGAAAUAUGGAGACGAUUUCAAGCCCAAGAGUAUGCAAGUGUUAAUGGACGGGACAGUGCCUGCUGGUGGUGGUCUAAGUUCCAGCGCUGCCUUUGUAAGCGCCAGCGCGUUGGCUGUUAUGGUUGCCAACGGCGAACGUGAUGUCGACAAGAAAGCUCUGACCGAGGUUGCUAUUGUCAGUGAGCGGGCUGUGGGUGUCAACUCUGGAGGAAUGGACCAGUCCGCUUCAGUAUUCUCUGAACGAGGAUCGGCUCUCUUGGUUUCUUUCACUCCGUCUCUCUCGGCGCGGCCGGUCUUCUUUCCCAAAACGAACCCUGAACUGUGUUUUAUGGUCGCACAGUCAUUUGUUACUUCAAAUAAACAGGAAACCGGUCCAAUUCACUAUAAUCUCAGGGUCGUCGAGUGCAGCAUGGCAGCAGCAUACCUAAAUGCCAAGUUAUGCCCUAGGGGAACUGAACUUCCUAAAGAUGCUGGCCCACUAGGCGUAUCCAUACGCGGAUUCCACCAAAAUUACUUCAAGGAUACCACGAAGUCGAUGCCCGAACAACUUACCGAGUUGAUUGAACUGACUAAGUCCACGCUCACUCAGGAGCAAGGAUACACCGUGGAAGAAGUUGCUUCGGGUAUUGGCAUCUCGGUUGAUGAUGUAAAGGCUCGGUUUAUGUCCAGCUUCCCGGUACGGGGCGAAUACUUCAAGCUCCGCCAGCGCGCGCUACACGUAUUUACCGAGGCUCUGCGUGUUCUCCAGUUCUUAUCCCUUCUAGAAGAUCCGGCACAGGCCCCCGACUCUGAGCACACAGUCGAAUACAAUGCUAAGCUCGGAAAAUUACUAAACGAAACCCAAGACUCGUGCCGAGAUGUUUACGAGUGCAGUUGUCCCGAGAUAGACGAGUUGUGCAAGAUUGCGCGCGAGGCCGGGAGCUACGGUAGCCGGUUGACCGGUGCUGGCUGGGGUGGAUGCAGCGUCCAUUUGGUGCCUGCUAAUAAGAUUGACGAUAUCAAGAAGGCGUUGCUUGAUAAAUAUUACUCUAAGCGGAACUUGAGUGAAAAGGACCUAGAAGGAGCAAUUGUUGUCAGUCGGCCGAUGAAUGGCAGUGCAGUCUUCACACUGAAAGAAGGGAAGAUUUAAUCCUGCUAGGUUAUGUAGGUAGUAUAUACCGUAUGCUGUUAGCAAUUACAGAGCAUAUAUAUUAUGUGGACACUCGACUCGAUUUCCUAGUUAUGCGUUUGCAAGAUUGAUAGUUCUGGUCACCCUUUUGUAUUCACGGGUAUGUUUAAGGAUUCUGCUACUCUAUCAUAUUCAUAAUCCCCGACUUGAGUCUCGAGGCAACUGCAUCUAGUUGUAGUGUCAUAGCAUGAUACUCUUUAGGGGAUAACAUGGAAUAUAGACUUCAGCGAUUGC